UUUUGUUAUCUCCGUUCAUCUUAACUGCACAAUCCUUAAGACACUUUCAUAGCUUGUACAGGUUUGUGAUUAAAUCCCAAAAAAGGACCCAUACUGGACAAAGGGAACUAUAUAAGCCAUUGUUUUCAUGUCAUGAACAGUUUUUGUUCAGUGAUACCUGGCACGGAAGGAAGGAAAAGUGAGAAAAGGGAAAAUGAAACCUGACUUAAUAUUAUGAAAUUUCUUAUGAUUAAUGAGAUGCCCAACCUCCUUCUCAUAUCUGCAUGGUGACCUAGUCAAAAAUGAGAUGUUCAGAGACAAGUAAAAGUGAUUGCAAUAUGGUGGAUGAUUACUGAAAAUGUGUCUAAUAGUAACGGAUAGUGAUGAAUUAGGCAAAAAGAUGAGCAGGGACACAAACUAACAGCCUAAGGGGUAAUAAUUAAUGACUGCUCAGUUUUUCAUGGUACUAGCUUAGACCAACAUGAACUCAAGUCAGAGUCAUAGUGGGGUGAAUAUGAUUCAAUACCAAGACUGUUAGUGGGGUCAGUCAGAGUCAAAACUAAGAUUAAAAAAAAAAGAGGUGAAUACAAGACCAACAGAUGGUUGAGCUCAAAUCAAGACCAAGACCUACAAGGCAGUGAGUCUGAGUCAAGAUCAAAACUAACAGAGGGUCAAAACCAAGACCAACAGAAAGUUGAGUCUGAGUCGAAAUCGAGACCAACAGAAAGUUGCGUCUGAGUAAAAAUCAAGACCAACUGUGCCAAGUCCAAGUCGAGAACAGGGAGGUGACUCUGAGUCAAGACGAAGCCCAACAGAGGGCAGAGUCCUAGUCAAGAUCAAGUCCAAUAGGGAGUUGGGUCUGAGUCAAAAUUAACAGAGGGUCAAAUCUGAGUCAAAACCAACCAAGUGCUCAGUCUAAGUAAAAAAGCAAGAUCAACAGGCGGUGGCAAGUCCAAGUCAAGACCAAGGAGGUGAGUCCAAGUCAAGACCAAGACCAAUAUAGAGGUGUGUCAGUGCCAAAACCAAGACUAACAGCCUGUCAAGUCUGAGUCAAAAACCAAGACCAACAAGGGGUCAGGACGAAGACGAACAGGGAGGAAUAUCAGUCAAUGCAAAUACAUAUCAGAUUUUUUUUUUUUACUUUCUAAACUGACAUGAAUUACAAAAGUAACAGGAAAACAUCUUCACUGCAUCUUAGUAUACCAGCAACGUAUAAAUAGGUAGAUUGAUUUAAACAUCAGUACUUCCACACAAAAUUAGGUUUAAAAGCAGUACAGGGCUCAACAGAGGACAUUACUAGGGCUGUAGUUUAUGGACCAAAAAAAAAACUGAAUGGCAGCCAUCUAUCUCUCAGAACAAAAGCCCAAAGCGGCGUUUAUUCUUUGCUUCUCUCUGGAACACUGUUUGCAUAGGCGUGGCUUUCAUGAAGAUUCUGUCCAAUCAGGUGUUCCCUGAAUAUCAUGAAGCCACACCCACAUGUUCUAGUAAUGCCUUGUUUAGUUGUAGUAGCUGGCAGUUCUGAGCAGGAAAUCCUGUGCUGAAGAUUCUCCGCAGUGUUUAUGAAGCUGUUUUUUUUUUUGUUUUUGUUUUUUACCUGUAUGAAUAUAUUGGAUUCUGUGUCCAGUGUGUGCAAAGUAACGUCCCUUGUUAUGUUGGUGGAUUAAAUACUGAUGAUGGGGGAUCCGGGGUCCGGGAUCCGAUGCGCUGUUUUUGCGCAUUUCGUUACUUUUUGCGCUGUAGCGUUACUUUUGGAUCAGUGUCUCGUCUCCGCGGGGGAUUUAAAGUCGGUAAAUGUGGAUGUGGAUCUUUCUCGUGUGGCCAGAAGAGUGGAUGAAAGGUUUCUGUCUGUGACUAUUGAUGCGAGUCUGAUGGCGGAGGAGAAGUUCAUGUACCUUCUGGGGUCUCCGAAACUGAGGACCCUCGCCAAAGCUUUGACUCCUGCAUUUCUGCGUUUUGGAGGGACUAAACAGGAUUUUAUGAAAUUUAAACCACAGAGUGAAUAUUACAUAACGAAAGGAUACAAUAGAGAUUCUCUUCCUCAUUCAGGACCUGUGUGUAGUAAAUUUGAGCUACCACCACUGCUGGAGGAUGAGCUGAAGCAUGACUGGGCAAUGCAGGCAUUACUCUUACGCCAGGAGGAAGUGCGGGGGAAGUACAAGCAAGUGACAUUUUCUGAAUAUGCAGUGGAUCUGCUUUACUCAUUUGUGAACUGCUCAGGAUUGGAGUUGAUCUUUGGCUUAAAUGCGCUGCUACGAACUCCUGAGAAUGUCUGGGACAGUCGGAAUGCCGAGCUGCUGCUGAACUACUGUGAGCAACGGCAAUACAGGAUGUCCUGGGAGCUGGGCAAUGAACCCAACAGUUACGAGAAAAAGGCGGCGAUCAGGGUGAACGGUUCCCAGCUGGGAGAGGAUUUCCUCCAUCUGCGUAAGAUCCUGCAGAAAUCAGAACUGUAUAGUUCCUCGGGUCUGUACGGACCUGAUACGAGUCAGCCGCGAGAACACCGCAAAGACCUCCUCACUGGGUUUUUGGAGAGUGGAGCUGAAGCCAUCGAUGCAUGUACUUGGCACCACUAUUAUGUCAACGGCAGAGAUGCAUCUUUGGAGGAUUUUCUUGAUCCCAAAGUGCUUGAUAUGCUGGCUGUUAAAACAGACGAGGUCCUCAAGCUUGUCCAUUUUUUGUCUCCUGGAAAGAAAGUGUGGCUUGGAGAGACUAGUUCAGCAUACGGUGGGGGCGCAGUCGGUCUCUCGGACACUUUUGUUGCCGGUUUUCUGUGGUUGGACAAACUUGGUCUUGCAGCUAAGCUGGGGUUGGACGUGGUCAUGAGACAGGUGUUAAUAGGCUCUGGGACAUACCAUCUUGUGGAUAAUAAUCUCGAUCCACUUCCGGAUUAUUGGCUGUCGCUUUUGUAUAAGAAACUCGUAGGACCUGAAGUGCUGGACAUACAGGUUCUGACAAGUUCAGGAAGGCAGGCGCGACUCUUACGGGUGUAUCUUCAUUGCACCAACAAAGAAAGUUCUAGUUACAGAAAAGGUGCGGCCACUUUGUUCGCCCUAAACCUGAGCAAGAAGCAAGUGGUGAUCAAGCUGCCGGCGCUCGUCUCCAACAGCACUGUCGAAGUGUUUGUGCUUCAGUCGGCUGAACCAGGGGAGAACGGGCUCCGUUCCAGGUCUGUCAGGCUGAACGGUGAUGUGUUGAAGAUGGUGGAUGAGAGGACUCUGCCUCCUCUUCAGGGAGUUGAACUUCCACCUGGAGAGCAUCUCAAACUUCCUGCACUGUCCUUUGCCUUCUACGUGCUCAAACGAGCCGCUGCUUCCGUGUGCUGAAGGGCUCGGAGUAAUGAUUUUAUCCUGAAUAUUUUUUAUGAGAGAACUUUGACAAGUAUUGCACUUGGAACAUUUAUUUAUUAUAAGACUUUAGGGGUCACGUUUGUUUACAUUUUACGUUUGAAUUAUCAGACACUCACGGGCAUCAUGCAGGUUCAGGUCAAGAUUACAUCAGGAUGAGGAAACUCAAAUCUCCUGGGAUUUUCACGCACAAUAGACUUUACUCAGACUGGCGGCAAAAAACAACAACAACCCAAUCUCAUUUAUGAGAUGAGAGAGGCUAGAGGAGAAAUCCAGCCUGUUUCAAGCUGACAGGAAGGCUACUCUGACUGAAAUAACCACUCUAUGGAAUUGUGGUGAGCAGAACAGCAUCUCACAUAACACUUCAAACCGUGAGGUGGAUGUGCUACAACAGCAGAAGACCACAUCGGGGUCCACUCCUCUAAGCUAACAACAAGAAUCUGAGUCUGAAGUGGGCACAGGCUCUAUAAACCUGGACAGAUUGGAAAAAAAACCAUGCAAUGUUAUAACUUAAAGUUAAUGUCUUCAAAUUCUCCACACCAUUACACCACCAGCAGCAGCCUGAAGUGUUGACACAAGGCAGGUUGAGCUCAUGGAGUCAAUCUUCAACUAUCCAGUUUCUGUGUUCUGUGUUUACUGGGGAAGGGUUGGGAUGUUUAAAAGAAUUAUUUUUUUUAAAUACCAGUACAAGUGAAGUGCUGCUCUUGUGCAAGUCCUUCUCUUGUAUUAAUGACCUUUUUAAUUGUGUUAAUGUCAAAACCAAACCAUAUGGAAUGCUAUUUGCACUUAAAUAAAACACAUAAAAAGAACAAAAAUAAAUAACUAAGCAAAUAUAUUUAAAAUAGUCAAUACAUUGAUUAUUAUUAUUAUUAUAAUAAAAAAUUAUAUAGUGUGUUAGAGAGCAUACCUAAACAAACAGCAUCAAGGGAGAAUCAAAUGGUACAAGGCUCUGUAAAAGUGUCAAUUAUGGUUUGGUUAAAAAAAAGAAAGAAAAAAAAAGCCAAACUAGGAACAGCCUGUUACUAUUAAAUCCAUUAUUUAAAAUGGCACAAAAGAAGAGGCUGUCCACUAAAAAGUCUGUGACCGAGUAAAGAGGGGAUUAGUCAAGAAGCAACAAAGAGGAGAUGGGUAAUGCUCAAUGUGAUGCUACCAGCACCAUGCUUCACUGUGGUGAUGUUCUCAGUGCAAUUGGCAAAGUUGUUUUGUAGCAAACAUACUUUGUGCUAAGUCCAGGAAGUUCAAUUUUGGUCUUAUCAGACCAGACAACAUUUUUUCCACAUUUACCAAAGUGUUCAGCUUUUUUUUUUUUUUUUUUUUUAAGUUACUAACUGUCAAAUAAGUUGUAGUCAGUUAUUGUCAGAUAAUUUUGACAACUUUAUUCAUGACAUAAAAUCCCAAUAAAUUCCAUUUCAGUUCGCUGUUGUAACACUACAAAAUGUGGAAAAUUUCAAGGGGGUGAAUAUUUACCCAAAGUACUCUAUUUUGAAAAAUGAAGCGGUAGAAAAUCCUCUAGGUUUUGUACUUUAUAACGUGGUUGUAAAAAAGUAAAAAGGAAUUUCAGGUCGUAAACGAAAUUCAUUUCGGUCAUCCAGAAAAACACAACAUCCAAUGUACUAUUUUUCUUUUUAAGUGGAUCUUUUUAAAGAGGUAAACAAUAUUCAAUAACCUCAAUUGUAUGCAUGUGUUUUGC